GCUAGAGCACCACGAGUCACCUGCACCUCCAAGCGGGAUGUGCGGGACGCAUUUGGAGCAGGCAAAUCCAGGAGGUGGAAGUGUCAAUCAAUUAGGUGGGACGUUCCUUAACGGCAGACCUCUCCCGGACGCCAAGAGGCGGAAAAUGGUGGAGCUGGCCUCAGAGGGGGUGCGACCAAGUCAGAUCUCCAGGAUCCUGAGGGUGUCCACAGGCUGCGUGAGUAAGAUCCUGAGCCGAUACCGUCUCACCGGCCUCGUCCAACCCAAGACGAUAGGCGGAAGCCGGCCGCGGCUCCUCACACCUAGCGUCAUCACCGCUAUCGUCCGACACAAGCGGUACAAUCCGUCCAUUUUUGCCUGGGAGAUUAGGAAGAGUUUGCUGGACACCAGAAGCUGCAAGGCCUCCAGGGUUCCCAGCGUGUCGUCCAUAAACCGGAUUUUAAGAAGGAUCCCAUUGGAGGAGGCAUCAUGGAGCGAUGCACACUGUAGGGCUGAACAUAGCACAGCCAGAGAAGAAGCCAUGGUGACCAAUCCCAAAGGUGCCCACCAGAGAAUCCGGACCACCUUCACUCCUGAGCAGAGCAAAGUCUUGGAAGAAGAGUUUUCUCAUAGCCAGUACGCCGACGUGUACACCAGAGAGAAACUCUCAGCCCGGAUCAGACUUCCCGAGGACACUAUCAAGGUGUGGUUCUCAAACAGACGGGCCAAGUGGAGGAGGGAAGUCCAACAAUCUGCUGUAGAUCCAAAAGUGCAAGGAAGCAUCCAAACGUCACAGAUGACCACAGGACCUUCGUACUGCAGCACAUAUCAGAUGUUCCCCGGUGGUUACUCAGGUUUUGGGUGGUCCACGUGCAUCUCCGUCCCGCAGCUUGAUCAGCAGCAUCCCAAAGGCUCUUCUAUGUUGACCCACUACCAUCACAGCGCACAAGAUAAGGCCUGGGCUUAACCUGGAGCACCACCUACAGGAGGAACACAGAUCACACCAAUCUGCCUCAAUGAUUUCAAUAAAAAGUUAUUAUUGCAUUUUUGGCUUGAUUUCUCGACAGUCACAGAUAAACUGCUACUUUUUGAAAGAAUUCCUAUUUAUUGACACAAGUGAUGGUAAUAAAGCACGAUUGGACGACUGGACGAGCGCGUCAACGGCGCGUUUAACAUCCAGAAAGACGGUAGCCGCCAAUCAUAACGCCACGGAUCAUAAGCAGAAGUAGAUGACAUGUCCACAUGCUUGUGCUAAGGAAAUGAUCUGUGACCAUUUUUAGUGUUCGUGUAGUCAUCCCAAGAAUAAAAAAAAA